UUAUUUUCACUUAGUUUUCAACACUAUUGAGUGCAUUGCUUACGAAUAAGAUGAGCAAGAGAGCAGCUGGAUUCGUCCUUUUUCGGCGCUUAUGUGGGGAAAUACAAUAUUUACUACUAAAGGCCUCAUAUGGUGAUUUUCACUGGAGCGCGCCAAAAGGUCAUGUCGAUCCCGGAGAAGAUGACUUUACUACAGCUCUGCGCGAAACAAAGGAAGAAGCCGGUUACGAUGAAAAGGAUUUGAUUAUAUACCGUGACACGCCACUAACUCUAAAUUAUGAGGUCAAAGGUAAACCAAAAAUUGUUAUCUAUUGGCUAGCAGAAUUACGGAAUCCAAACCAAGAGGUCGUUCUGUCCGAAGAGCAUACAGAUCUUAAGUGGCUGACUAAGGAUGCGGCAAAGGAAUGUGUUGGCUUUAAGGACAAUCAAGUGAUGAUUGAUAAGUUUCAUGAAAUGAUAUUGAAUAUGGAUAAGAAUCGCACCAAUUGCGAAUGUCCAUGAAAAUACCAAAAAUU